AUGCCUGAAAUACAGUCAUUCAAGAUCGAAUUAGAUAGCCUUAAACGGGAACUGGGCAGGCGUGACGAUAGAAUUACCUCUAUGGAGCGGGAAUGUCAAGAACGUCAUAUUCGCCGAAUUGAAGUACUUCAAGUUCAUUUGCGUCGAUUUGAGGAGGAGGCAGCGAAUAUGAAUGCUGUACUUGAUGAACAACGAAAGGGAAUUGAGGAAAGAGAACGUACAUUGAAACAGCUCCGAACAGAUCAGUCAUCAAUUGUGGAACUGGAAAAAUUACGUAAGGAGCAUUCUCAGUGCUCUCAACAGUUGGAACAGAGAGCUAAGCAUAUCGCCACUCUAGCCAAUCAAUUGGAAAAUCAAACGGAGGAAAUACUCACCAUAAAACUUGAAUUUACAUAA